AUGGACAGAGCAGCCAGGUAUGCUGACGCUGAGGCUGCCAAAAAGAGGAAGAAGGAGCAGGAGGAAGGGAGAGGUCGGAAGGAUAAAGCACCUCUGGAGGAGUGCAAGGCGCCACAGCCACACCGACAUGAAUAUGCCAAGGGCCCCAGGUUGAACCCCACACGCUAUCUCACCCCGUUGACACAACCUGUGGGUACCAUCCUGGCGCACGCGGAGGGCCAGGGGAUCGUGAUGUUCCUGAAGGAGGAGUGCAUGAAGAUAUCAUCGAGGGGGGACCCCAACAAGUAUUGCAGGUUCCACCGGCAGAAGGGACACGAUACGGACGAAUGCAUCCUCCUGAAGAGGCAAAUCGAGGAGCUCAUCCAAAUGGGCUACCUCGGUCAAUUCAUUAAGAAGCCCGGCCAGGCGCAGGGCCAAAAGAAAGGAAAUGUCUGGAGGAAGGGGGGGUGGUCAGGCCCUCGGCACCUCGUAAGAGGGACCACGACCACGGCUCCGAGGAGGAGGAAAAGACGACGGAGGACUCCCAGCCCCCGAAGAAGCGUGUCAUUUACGUUAUCUUUGGGGGGGCCCGAGGGAGGGGACUCACCAGUCGAGCGGAAGAGGUGGGCAAGAAGCUUCUAUGUGGGGGAGGUCACACGAGCGCCGCAUGAGAAGAAACCAAAGAGGGAACCCAUCACUUUUACUGACGCCGACCUACCGGAUGGGCCCCUCCCCCACCGAGACGCCUUGGUGGUCAAGCUGGACAUCAACAACGUGGUGGUGCACCGGGUGCUCGUGGACACGGGUAGCUCGGUGAACGUCAUGUAUUACGACACAUUCACCCAGCUGGGACUCUCAAGAAACCAGCUGGAGCAGGUACGGACCCCCCCUAUCAGGGUUCACGGGAGAUUCAAUUCAGACGUAGGGGUCGAUCAAUCUGGAGGUAGAGAUAGGCGCCCCACCUCAUACUAA